CUCUCUCUCUCUCUCUCUCUCUCUCUCUCCGUGCAGGGUUUAACCAAGAAUCUAAAACCCUAAACCCAAGAAGAAAGUGAAAUUUUUUUUUUCUAAUGAGAUACAGCCAUGGCGAUCUUUCUCAGACGCGCAUUCUCAUAUAGGAAUGUCCUUCUUCUUCAUAGCUCUGGGUCGUUUUAUGGACGUAACAUCUGGCACUUAAUAAGCUUCUCCAAUGGUGUCUUUAACCCCGAGGGUUCGCCAACAAGGGUUUUCUCUCUCCCUGCUCUGGAUUUGAUCUGUGAAAGUCGCAGAGGCUUCGCCAAAGGCCGCAAGUCAAAGGAUGAUUCAGCUGGGAAUACAGUGGAAGUGUUACCAGAUAUGGGUCCAACUAUUAAGGUAACUGCUACCUCGCAGAUGGAGGCAGCAAUUUCUGCAUUAUCAGGGGAAUUAAGCAAAUUGCGGACAGGAAGGGCAUCUUCAGGAAUGCUUGACCACAUUAUAGUAGAAACUGGUGGUGUAAAGCUGCCUCUGAACCAGAUGGCAGUUGUUUCGGUCAUGGACUCAAAAACCUUGUCGAUAAAUCCUUUUGAUCCAACUGCUCUAAAACAUUUAGAAAGUGCCAUUGUUUCAUCUCCCUUGGGACUGAAUCCUAAAGUGGAUGGUGAGCGACUAAUUGCAGUUAUUCCUCCAUUAACCAAAGAGCAUAUUCAGGCCGUGUGUAAAGUGGUCACCAAGUCUUGCGAAGAUGCCAGACAAAGUAUAAGGAGGGCUCGCCAAAAGGGAAUGGAUACCAUAAAGAAAUUGUAUUCAACAUACCCUAAAGAUGAUUUGAAAAGAAUGGAGAAAGAAGUUGACGAAUUAACUAAAAAGUUUAUCAAGACAGCAGAGGACCUAUGCAAGGCAAAGGAGAAGGAGAUCACAAGCUGAUUGCAAGAAAAACAUGCCUUGCCAGGCUGCCCCUAUUUAGAUUUAUGCCUGUCUUCAAUUUUGUGGGAGAGCCCUUUACUCAAUUACUAGUUAUACCUAUGUCUUUUUUUUUUUUUUCCUAUACCAAUAUAACUUACUUUAUCGAUUUGCUAUCAAAAUGAGCUUAAAAAAGUACUUUUUUGAGAUUCAACCCCGGCCAAGAGUAUUCUUUCUGUAAGAUAUAGAGGUGGUUCUAUCCAAAGGCUCUGAUAUGGUAUAAGUGGAUCUCUCUGUCUUAUUAAAAAUUGCCGUGUAAGACCUCUUGAAACCUAGUGUUACUGUUUCCUAUGAUUUUCCAUGUCAUUUGUGGGUUCAUACUGUCUAUUUUUGCUGGUGUCAGUUGUACUGGCACGUAUUGAUACUUCUUCUAGUUGGAUAUACCAUUUGAUCAAUGAUAAAAGAAGCUGAAGUUGAAAUGUUCA